AACCUGCUGGCCUAUGUGAAGCACCUGAAAGGCCAGAAUGAGAAAGCCUUGGAGAGCUUGAAAGAAGCCGAAGAUUUAAUCCAGCGAGAUCAUGCCAACCAAUCGGACAUGAGAAGUCUGGUGACCUGGGGCAACUAUGCCUGGGUGUGCUACCACCUGGGAAGACUGGCAGAAGCCCAGACUUACCUGAACAAGGUGGAGAGCACUUGCGAGAAGUUGGCAAGUCCUUUCCGCUAUAGAAUGGAAUGUCCUGAGAUGGACUGUGAGGAAGGAUGGGCCUUGCUGAAGUGUGGAGGAAAGUAUUACGAACGGGCCAAGGCCUGCUUUGAAAAAGCUCUGGAAGCAGACCCUGAAAACGCUGAAUUCAGCACUGGGUAUGCAAUUGCCACCUAUCGUCUGGAUGGCUUUAGUGCAACAGUAAAAGGCACGGAGGGGUUUUCUUUGUACCCCCUAAGGCAGGCUAUCAGGCUAAGUCCAGAGGAUGCAUAUAUUAAAGUUCUCCUUGCGCUGAAGCUUCAGGAAGUAGGACAAGAAGUUGAAGGAGAAAAGUACAUUGAAGAAGCUCUGACCAACAAGUCCUCACAGACUUAUGUCUUUCGAUAUGCAGCCAAGUUUUACCAAAAAAAAGGCUCUCUGGAUAAAGCUCUUCAGCUCUUAAAAAUGGCCUUGCAGGCAAAACCCGACUCCGUCUUCCUGCAUCACCAGAUAGGGUGUUGCUACAGACAAUAUAUGAUCGAAAUAAAGAAAGCUGCAAAGGUGCCGCGUAGCAGAGAGGUUGAAGAAAAUGCAGACGGAAUGAUGAGAUUAGCCAUAUUUCAUUUUGAAUUUGCUAUACAGAAAAAGCCCACAUUUGCAAUGGCUUAUAUGGAUUUGGCCAACAUGUAUUCAGAGCAAGGUGAACAUCAAAAGGUUGAGGACACGUACCAGAAAGCACUCAGCCUGCAUGAUGGUAAUAAGA